AUGGAAGCUGUAAAUCAAACGCCUGAACAUUCCACUAUAUAUGAAGAAACAACCAGGACACCUUAUACAAUCGUUCGGUUGAAACGUAAACGCAAUGCUGAACCUUUGGACGCACUUGUUGUCCAGCAACAACUCGUAAAGAAGCCGAAACGGCAAGGCAGUCUUCCAAAAGAUAUGAAAUUGGUUGAGGAACAAAAACAGAAUGAAGGCUCGUCAUUACCUUUCGUUUUCCGAUUUGCGGAGACAGUUGAUGAGAUUAGUUUUAAUGAUUCAACAAAGUCACAGCAAUUGAAAGAUCGCAUUACAAAAUUAAUCAAUCGCAAAGAUAAG